AUGAGGAAUUUUUGUUUAGUUGCUUUGUCUUCUGGCGAAAAAUUCGACGACGCAGACAGUGAGUGUUGGCAGAGACCGUCUCUUGGCUGCCCUUGGAAAAAUCCUACACUCAAGAAGAGUUCGAAGAUUUGUGUUUCCGUUUCUGUAUUGAGCUUGGUGAUGUGGCGAAGAUCCCUGGUCACUAUUGGAACUCAUGACUUAGAUACAUUACAAGGCCCAUUCACAUAUGAAAGCUUCAGGGCUGACGAACUAAUUGAAUAUUACAAGUCAGAUAUUAACUUGAAAAAAUAUCUACACCUAAUCGAGAGGUCACCCGUCUUCCCUGUUUUACACGACAGUAAUAGAACUGUGUUGUCAUUGCCACCUAUAAUCAAUGGUGCACAUUCAGCGAUUAGCCUGCAGACAAACAAUAUCUUCAUUGAAUGUACAGCAACCGAUUUGACAAAGGCCAAGAUUGUGUUGAAUACAAUGGUAAUGCGAUUAACAGAGCAACAGUUACUGUGCUUAGCUUGA